AGUCGCUCCUGACUGACGUCACAUAUGCGCAAAUGACAUCAUGUGUCUGGCAGAGACGUGCGUUGGUUAGGGUGUGCGUUAUACUGUUUUUCUCCAUUAUUGCAGUGAUUUAAAUUGUUUACAGGACUCUUGAGCGGUCAGUGAAUCCAUCCAGUUAGCCGUCAUUGAGCCGGCCGGCCGGCCACCUCAGCGGGCAGCCAUCAGUCACCGGGUCUCAGAUGGCGGAUGUUAGCGGGGAAGCUGCAGCUACCCCAAAGCAGAGGAGUGAGAGCAGGAGCGACACUGGAGAUGUUGUCCCGGGAAACCAGACCCUGUCCAAGAGGCAGAAAAAGAAGCUCCUGAAGCAACAGAAAUGGGAGGAAGAGAGAGAGCUGCGAAAACGGAGAAGAAAAGAGAGGAAGCAGCAGCGCAAACUGCAGAGACAGAACACCCAGCAGGAGAACAGAGGAGACGGUCCGAGUGGCCGGAAACGGCCAUGCACAGAGGCCACGCCCAGCUCUCUCAGGCUGCUGGUGGAUUGCAGCUUUGACGACCUCAUGCUCAUCAAGGACGUUCGUAAGCUCCACAAACAGAUCCAGCGCUGUUACGCUGAGAACAGACGGGCUUCACACCCUGUUCAGUUUUAUCUAACGAGUCUGGGAGGACAGCUGAAGCAGAGCAUGGAUGAAAAGGACAAAGGAUGGGUGAACUGGAAGGUACCUGCAGCCAGCCGUGCGGCCUGUUCUGGAAGCAUUUAGUGCAGGGUUUCCCCC